AAUGGCGCUUGCUUCCACUGCUCUCCGACAUGCUUGACAGUUAUGCGAGUGAUCCAAGUGUCAUUGUCUGGCUCAUGUUAAGUUAUGAUAAAUAAAAUGUUUUUUAAUUAGUUGUUAAGUGUCUAGUAGUAGAAAACACUCAUCGGCCCAGGCGUGAAAACACAUGGCUUAAAGAUGUGGUCCUCCCAGCAACUCAACAAUUCCAAACAUGCACAAAACAUUCGCACCUUGGGCAUGACCUCGGCCAUCUCACUGGCCGAGCCGAAGCCAUCCGACAUAGCGAAGUCACUCGAACUCGAGGAGGCGCUAAAGCCGUAUGAUGUGUUCGAAACCGAGCAAGAGUUAAACCACCGCAUGAUUAUACUCGGUAAACUGUAUUCCUUAGUCAAACAAUGGAUUAAAGAUGUAUCUAUUGCUAGGAAUAUGCCUGAGAGCGUGGCGGAAAAUGUCGGUGGCAAGAUUUACACGUUUGGUAGUUACAGAUUAGGUGUACACAAUAAAGGUGCUGAUAUUGACGCGUUAUGCGUCGCACCACGUCACAUCAGUCGCACGGACUACUUUACAACAUUCUACGAGUUGCUGAAACAACAGCCCGAGGUGCGUGACCUGCACGCAGUCGAGGAGGCCUUCGUGCCGGUGAUCAAGAUGAAGUUUGACAACAUCGAAAUCGAUCUGCUGUUCGCACAAUUACUACUAAAAGAGAUCCCUGACUCGAUGGACUUGCAGGAUGAUGUGCUGCUCAAGAAUUUGGAUCCGAAAUGUGUGCGCAGCUUGAAUGGCUGUCGCGUCACUGAUGAGAUUCUACGACUGGUUCCUAACAUCGAAAAUUUUCGGCUUGCAUUGCGAGCGAUUAAAUUAUGGGCUAAAAAACAUGGUAUUUAUAGUAAUAUAUUAGGAUAUUUAGGCGGUGUGUCGUGGGCGAUGCUAGUUGCACGAACGUGUCAAUUAUAUCCGAACGCGGCGCCUGCCACUCUAGUUCAUAAGUUUUUCCUCGUCUUCUCGAAGUGGAAGUGGCCGCAGCCAGUCUUACUGCAGCCACCUUCGAGUGUUAGUUUAGGUUUUCCCGUUUGGGAUCCACGCGUAAACAUUCAAGAUCGUCAUCAUCUCAUGCCAAUCAUCACGCCAGCAUAUCCUCAACAGAAUUCCACUUUCAACGUGUCACAAUCAACCCGCGCGAUCAUGAUGGACGAGUUUGCCAAAGGACUCACACUUACGGAAGACAUUGUUAUAGGGAAGCAAACCUGGGAGAAACUGUUCGAACCUCCGCCGUUUUUCAUGAAAUAUCGACAUUUUAUUGUCCUGUUGGUGAGCGCCGCGUGUCAGGAUGAUCAUUUGGAGUGGUCGGGGCUGGUUGAGAGUAAAAUUCGUUUACUCAUAGGUACAUUAGAGAAGAAGACUCACAUUGCGUUGGCACACAUCAACCCAGAGAGCUUCAGCUACGUAGAACCCAACUGCGAAGAGAACUCAAUCACCAGCCUGUGGUUCAUCGGGCUGGAGUUUGAAAAGACCGAAAAUAUCAAUAUUAAUCUAACGUACGAUAUACAGGUGUUCACUGAGACAGUCAAUCGGCACGCGCAUAACAUCAAGAAGGAAGGCAUGCGUCUAGAGGCGCGUCACGUGAAGCGCAAACAACUCGGACAAUACCUCUCGCCAAGUCUCCUCGCGUGCGAGAAGAAAAACGCGGCGGCUGCGGUCAAGAACGGCGCGGAUAGUCGCAAACGAUCUGCCGAAAAGGACGACAAAGAGCCAGCGAACAAAAAGUCGCGAAUCUCCGAAGACGUUAAUCCACAAUCAUUUGAAGACUCAUCAAAUGCAUCAUUGAACAUCAACGACGAUUCCAACAGUAAUAUCAGCCUGAGCGAAGAACACGCCGCGUCAAAGCAGGCGCCCGAUGGUGCACCACAACAACCGCCACCAGCGGCGGCCGCAGCGCACGCAUUGUGCACCUGAGGCGCAAGCAAGGUACGUAAUUAGUCGUUUCAUACAAACACACACACACAGCGAAUGCGAAUGCGAAUCCGCGAUAUCAUCGCUUGCAAAACUUCGAAGCAACUCUUCAAUUUUCGCGUGUGUGUGAUUCGCGACGAUUCGGUGGUGUUUGGUUUUCAGGUCCGCGUGUUGCAUCGGAUUCAUGUAUGUAUAAAUAAUAAUAAAUGUGUUUCCAUGCGCGCAUGUAAAAUAUUGUCGCAGUUGUGUGCAAUUUUUCGACUCUUUUUUCCUCAUGUAAUCAUCAUAUGUGACAAAACAAUCUGUUGCGUUUUGUACCGGCGAGAUUUCAACUAAAAUGCGAUGAUAUUUUACAUUUGACAGAGACGAUUCACGUCCACACACAACACUCGAAUUACUUACGUUUACGUUUUGUUUCAUUUUUUAAAUCUUAACGGCCUCGGUUUUGAUUCCGGAGGCGCUUACUACUGUAGCUGGUCGAUCGAACAUUAUUCCAUUAUUUUUUUGAUACCGACUAAUGUGUACAUACUUAGUGGAUGAAUUACUUUGAGAUAUUUUAUAAUAAGUGAAGAACGAUGUGCCGAUGUGCAAGCAUUGAUUACUUUAAACGUAUAUACGCAAAGUAUACUGAGAGCGCAGUGAAUGAGAGAAAAUGGCCGAUUGGAAAAUGUUGGGGGAUGUUUUUACUGUUUUUAUUUUUUAUACUUCUCGAAUAUUUAUAAUUUACUGUCACGAGAUUGUAACGUUUUCUUUGGCAUUUGAUAAAAUAAAAGCGCAAUCCCCAAACAGUC